AUGUGCUUGUUUACGUCGUGUAAAAUAAGUAAACACGCCGUUAUCGGCACUACGUUAUUAUUACAUUUUGUUUAUACAGGUAUAAGAAGCCAGUUUUAAUCAUGUCCGGGCAGCGGGGAGUGAACAGCCUGCAGUUUAACCAGGAACAGAGCUGUUUUUGUUGUGCUAUGGAGACUGGAGUCCGUAUUUACAACGUGGAACCCUUGAUGGAAAAAGGGCACCUCGACCACGACCAGGUUGGCAGCAUUCAGCACUGCACCAUGCUCCAUCGUUCAAACCUGCUGGCUGUUGUGGGUGGUGGUGUUAACCCCAAAUUCUCAGAGAUCUCUGUGUUAGUUUGGGAUGAUGCCCGAGAGGUGAGAGACAACAAGGACAAACUGGUGCUGGAGUUUACCUUCACUAAACCAGUGCUCACAGUGCGAAUGAGGCAUGACAAAAUCAUCAUAGUCCUGAAGAACAGGAUCUACGUGUACAGCUUCCCAGACAACCCUGUCAAACUGUUCGAAUUUGACACUCGAGAUAACCCAAAAGGUCUGUGUGACUUGUGUCCCAGCAUGGAAAAGCAGUUACUGGUUUUCCCUGGACACAAAUGUGGAAGCCUACAGCUGGUGGACCUUUCCAACACCAAACCUGGAUCAUCUUCAGCGCCCUUUACGAUCAAUGCCCAUCAGAGCGAAAUAGCCUGCUUGGCUCUGAACCAGCCCGGCAGCGUGGUGGCAUCUGCGUCCCAGAAGGGCACCCUGAUCCGCCUGUUUGACACCACAACCCGGGACAAACUGGUGGAGCUGCGCAGAGGAACCGAUCCUGCCACUUUAUACUGCAUCAACUUCAGCCACGACUCGUCCUUCCUGUGCGCUUCCAGUGAUAAGGGCACCGUUCACAUAUUUGCCCUCAAGGAUACCAAGCUGAACCGACGCUCUGCCCUGGCACGGGUGGGAAAAGUCGGGCCGGUCAUCGGGCAGUACGUGGACAGUCAGUGGUCUCUGGCUAGUUUUACUGUGCCUGCUGAAUGUGCCUGCAUCUGUGCAUUUGGGAAGAACACCUCCAAGAAUGUCAACUCUGUCAUUGCCAUAUGUGUCGAUGGGACAUUUCAUAAGUAUGUCUUCACCCCUGAUGGAAACUGUAAUCGAGAAGCUUUCGAUGUGUAUCUUGAUAUCUGCGACGAUGACGACUUCUAAAAAUCAAGCUGAGAAUAUAAUUCAUUGUGUUUUGAGAUUGUACUGAUAGAUUUGUGUAACUGUUUGAAGGAAAUGUUAUUGAUUUUUUUAAGAAAUCUGUUUUGUUAAGAAACAAAUCAAAUGUCAGCCUUCACCUUCGCAUAAUCUACAAAGCUACACAAACACACUCGUAUCCUUGAAUUACUUUCUUGUGCUGAUUAGUUGAUUUGGGUUCGAUUCCCAGGUGGAACGGGAGCUCCGGUUUCCUCCCAAAGUCCAAAGACGUGCAGGUGAGGUGAACUGGAGAUACAAAAUUGUCCAUGACUGUGUUUGAUAUUAAAGACUUGAACUGAUUAAUCUUGUGUAAGCAGUAACCAAAGUGUGUAAAACAUGACGUUAAAAUCCUUAUAAAUAAAUAAAUACUUAACAGAGAAUAAGUCAACACAAAAUUCACUUCUCUUUCUGUUACAAAUAUGUUAUUAUCAGAUCCUGAAAUGUGAAUCCCUGGAGCUGUGUGGCACCGACACUACCUGCUACUCCCUUGUUCACUAUCUUUUUUAAACUGUUGUCAGUAUUUCAGAGAGAAAUGAAUAAAUACACACAGGAUGCACGUCAUGUCAUGUCACUACACCCCACAGAUGGCUCAGCUUUCUGUCUGGUAAAAAUGCAGUCCAUGUUGUGAUGAUGUUGUCUAUAUAGCUUAUUCUUGAUCUUCAUCUUCUUCUGAGUCCUUCUACAAGUCCUAUCAUAACACCGCCAGACUGCAGAUUGUUGAUGUAAAUCGAUGAUGUAAAAAUAGGUUGAAUAAUGCAGCUGUGUGUGAAAAAAACUAAUGUGUUCAUUAGGGCCAGUGAUAGCUCAGUGGUUAAGGUACUGGGCUAGUAAACAGAAGGUUGCUGGUUCAAGCCCCGCCACCACCAAGUUGCCACUGUUGGGUCCCUGAGCAAGGCCCUUAACCCUCAAUUGCUCAUCGUGUUCCGCUCAUUGUGUAAGUCGCUUUGGAUAAAAGCGUCUGCUAAAUGCUGAAAAUGUAAAUGUUCAUUGUAUAAUUAUAAUUUCUGAAUAUUACUUAACUCAUGCUCUUUGUAACUAAUAAAAUAUUGUAGUGAUUUAACAGUUUAUACUUAUAUACCCGUUUUUUGGUGAGGAAGGGAACAGAGGGACCCAAACUGUUACCUUGUGCUAAAUGUAUAUUUGCCCACACAUUAAAAAGAUUCACAAUCA